CUUGUAAUGAUUUUCUUAUCGCAGAUUCGCCAUCUCACCGAAGAAUUUCUCCUUGGCCAAGUUAUCGGUGCCUAAGCGAUCCCACGCCGUGAGUGCCAGUGUGUUUUACCUUUAACAGUGUUGAUCGUGUGCUGUUGCCAUGGCGUCCACCGCGGCUCUCUCCGAUCCCUUCCAGUGCCGCAGUCUGGCGGCCGGCGACCUCAUCGUCAAAGCGGAGCCCUGGGUAUGGUCCUUCCACUGGAGCGCCCAUCAGACGCGCUGUGCCAACUGCUUUACGGAGCGCAAGACGGAGGAUCUGCAGCUCUGCAGUGGCUGUCAUUUCUACCGCUAUUGCGACGCUAGCUGUUAACGAGCGGGCUGGAAACGGGACCACAAACUGGAGUGUAAGCAAGUGCGCGGGAUGACCCAGUACGUGAUGGCCGUGGACGCCGAGGAGGAUCAUGACUGUAGUGUGCGCGGAUGCCGGGAGUUCGGCUGCGCCACCAUCUCCUUCCUCCUGGCGAAAAUCAAACUGCGCCACAACCUGGCCCUCCGAAGGGCAUUCACGGCCGGCGCCCCGCCCAUGUCGGCUCUGGAGACACUGACCAUCCUGCUGCCCUAUGACGCUAACUAUGAUCAAUAUCGCAUCGAGAUGCAGCCGUCAUCGCCGACCCUGCACAACAUCAUGACCAGCCUUGGCAGCCCCGCCAACCGCGCCGCCGUGACCAGCCAGUUCACGGACAACCUGCCGCUGUACCGCCGCGUCCUCUUCCACGCCUACGGUCUCAACGAGGGCGGCGCGCCGCCCUACGGGGCCGCCCUCUUCCCGGCGGCGCCGCACCGCGCCAUGACGCCGGUCUGCUGGAACGCCAAUGUCAUCCUCAACUUUGACCGGGCCGAACGCCGCUUGCACGUGCGCGCUAUAGAGCCCAUCGCCAAUUUCACCGCGUGGACCAAUUUGCGCUACGACUACUGGAGCGGCAAUUUCCUAAUGGGCAGCCGGACAAAGCGGCUGCAGUUAUUUCGGCUUCUACAUUUUCGCCAUUGCCGCUGUGGACAGUGCAGCGACGAAAAGGAAGGCGAAAUGAACGCAUUGCGCUGCAGCACCCAGGGCUGCAGUCAGCGCAUUCCCAGCGACCAGCGGGCCAGCCAACCGUGCCCCCAGUGCGGUGCCGUCGUGGCCGACCGACUGGCUCUUUUACGCGAAUUCAUGGAGCGCCAUCAGGAGCUGGAGUCGGAGGUCCCGACCGGCAAGGCGACCGACGAUGAGGUGCGGCUACUGAAGGAGCUCGACGCUGCCUGUAUUCUGCAGCCCGAUGCACACUUCCGGCUGGUGUGCGGUUGGCGCGUUGCUGGUCGCUACGCCGAAGAAGGGCGCUGCGCGGAAGCGUGGGCCCUGCUACAGGAUUUUGCGGUUUGCGCACGCGCGUGGUUCCCGCGAUAUCAUCAUCAGCGCAUGGCGGUCGUGUUGCGAGCCGCGAUGAUGUUAUUCCAGUGGGCGGCGCAUGAGCAGCAUCCCCUGCGCUCCGAUUUAGCUCUGGGCAAGGGCUUCUUAGAGGAGGCACGCGACAUUGGCUGGAUACUUAACGGGCGGCAGGCCGGCCCCACAACGCAGCACUUGGAUGGUUUUCUCAAGAACUGGCCCGUAUUGUUAUACGCGGUCGACAACGGCUAGCAGCUGUAACGCGGGGAGCGAUACUAAAGCAGCGUUGGUUUGUUCUUCCGUUGAAGACCAGAACUUCGUGUCCAAAGAAUUUUACUCAUAUUUUGUAUUCAGUCACUUUAUUCCAUUUUGUAUCGAAUAUUUGUUUCGUAUCUUCGUACUUCUUAGGCAUAUCGCAUAUUAUUAUGUAGUGUAGACCGUAGACGUAGUAUGUGUAAUUGCUCCUGUCUGUACCGCAUUUUCGUGCUAAA